CCUAAAAGACCCCAAAAUCCACUCAAAAAGCCCCAAAAUCCACUCAAAAAGCCCCCAAAUGAAACCAAAAUCCCCUCUAAAAGCCCUAAAAUCCCUCAAAAGACCCCAAAAUCCUAUAAUAGAAACCCAAAAUCCCAUUCAAAAACCCCAAAUCCCAUAAAGGACCCCAAAAUCCCUUAAAAGACCCCAAAAUCCACUCAAAAAGCCCCAAAAUCCCCUAAAAAUACCCUAAAAUCCCCUAAAAGACCCCAAAUCCCCUUAAAAGACCCCAAAAUCCCAUAA